AUGAAUAGAGAUAACGUUUCUCAUGAUGUAUGGACGACUGAUAUUCCCGUGAUUAUUGCAGCAAAUCGUCUUCCUGUACGUGUUUUUAAAGCUACAGAAGAUUCAACCAAGUGGCAAGUCGAAUGGGCUGGAGAUCGCAUGAUUGAGUCACAGAAUGCUUUAUACCAUUAUGAACUAUCAGAACGUGUGAAUAUCAAGUUUGUCGGUCUUUUAUCAGACGUAACAAACAUUUCUGUUCAUGAACGCCAGGAUGUGGAAAUACUACUACAAGAAUUUAAUUGCUACCCCGUGUUUCUAGAGCCUGAGGAAGGAAAAUUAUAUUAUGAAGACUAUUGUAAACAGACACUAUGGCCUACUUUUCACAACAUUGUAGACGUCUAUAGUCCCGUAGAUGUUGUACUUGAUGUAAAUGCACAGCAAGAGCUUACACCUGCUGCUCAAUUCUGGAACCCUUGUAGUCAAAAAGUGGCAUGGCAAGCUUAUGCUCAUGUGAAUCAACUCUUUGCACAUAAAAUUUGUGAACUUUAUCAACCGGGUGAUGUUGUUUGGAUACAGGACUAUCAUUUACUACUUACACCAAGUUAUAUUGUGAAAAAAGUAAGAACAGCAAAUGUUGGUUUGUUCUUACAUGUACCAUUUCCAUCAUCUGAGGUGUUUCGAACCUUGUCAAUGAGAAAAGAGCUGCUAAGAGGAAUGUUGAACGCAGAUCAUAUUGGUUUUCAUUUGUUUGAGUACGCACGGCACUUCAUGUCAGCGUGUCGACGAAUCUUGGGAUUGACUUAUAAACCCAUUCUACGUGGACAAUUGGGUAUUGACUAUGGUGGACGAAGAAUUGCUGUUACGUGUAGUCAUAUGGCCAUUGAUACACAACGGAUUGAAAACACAUUAGCAAGUAAAGAUGUUCGCGAUAUGGUUGUAACCUUGCGGCAGAAGUAUCGAGAUAAGAGGAUUUUUGCAGGCUGUGAUACCAUUGAGCGUCUCAAAGGCAUCCCGUCCAAGAUGUUGGCUUUUGAUGGAUUCCUCUCGCGAUGUCCCGACUUUAUUGGCAAAGCAGUAUUGGUGCAGAAAGGAAUACAUCGACGCGGACGCGUGACGGACUAUCUCCAAAGCAAAAAAGAGAUUGAACUAGCUGUGGAGGCCAUCAAUAACAAAUAUCGUGACGUCGCGAAAGGCGAUGUCGUGGACUACGAAGAAGUGAGUGAAUUUCCCUUCAAAGAGCGCGUGGCGCUCUGGCGCGUAACCGAUGUGCAGAUUACGACAGUUUUGCGGGACGGACUUAAUACGGCACCGUUUGAGUAUAUUGCAACGCACAAAACAUCGCCUGGUGUUUUGAUCGUGAGUGAGUUCUCCGGUAGUAGUCGUCUUCUGAGCGGCGCACUGACUGUAAACCCAUGGGAGCUGGACCAAGUCAUCGACGCUCUUCGUGAUGCCGUAUACAUGUCGACAGAUGAGCGAGAGCAUCGACGCAAUUGUGACUUUCAGUUCGUGUCGGCAAACCCUCCUCGUCGCUGGGCUAGGUGUGUACUCACUGAUAUUGUAAACGCACGAAAGAAGGAAGAGUCAUUUGUGUACAUGGGUACUGGCUUUGGUCUGGAUUUUCGUUUAAUGGAAGUGAGCACACAGUUUCGGAAACUCACAGACCAGGAGGUCGUGCCAGGAUAUCGCACGAGUACAAAUCGUGCAAUAUUUUUGGACUACUACCGAACGUUAGCUCCGGACGUCACAAAUUUAAUGGGUGUAAGAUGGCCCGAUGUACCAUUGACGGCAUUGGCCACUCUCGAACAAUUAUGUAAAGACCCUCGUAACACGGUGUUUAUCGUUAGUGGAUGCAAUCGUGAUAUCCUUACGCAGAAGUUUGGUGGAGUUCCCGGUUUGGGGCUUGUAGCAGAACAUGGGUAUUAUAUUCGACCUGCUGUUUUAGGCAACGAUGCUCGCAUUGGACGCCCAUGGGAUAGAUAUGGUGAUCCUUUGCAAACAGAAGGAGGUCAGCAACGCUGGCGUGUAAAGGCUGAAACGAUCAUUCAACUUUAUGUUGAUCGGACGAAUGGUUCCACGCUGGAAAUGCGGAGAAGCGCCGUGCUGUUUCGAUACGGCAAGUCGGAUUUUGAUUUUGGUAAACUGCAGGCAGCUGAGCUAAAGGAACAUUUGGAGGGUGUCUUUGAGGGCUGGCCCUUGAACAUUAUUCAAGGCAAAGAUUACAUUGAAGUGCGGCCUAAGGGUCUUGGCAAGGGAAAGAUUGUGGAGCAUUUGCUGACGAAGAUGCGUGCUGAUGGAAAACCAGCCGAUUUUGUGUUGUGCAUUGGGGACGACGUUGCUGAUGAGCUCAUGUUUGAUCAGCUCAAUAAAAUGAUUGCGCAUGAAGAGCUUCCGAAAAGCAAGGUUUUUACAUGCACGGUUGGACAGAAGCCCUCAAAAGCUGAAUUCUUCAUUGAUAACUACAUGGACGUUAUCGCACUACUGAAGUCGUUAAAAGUGGUUGCUACAAAGUCCAACCGUAAUUAUUCCCUGUCGGAUAUGCAUUUUUUUGUACGGGAUACACGCCCAUUUCUUUCGUCAUCGUCGCAUGGAGUAUCUAGGAAUGUAACGUCAGAUUUGGUGAUGCGAAAGUCUUCGAGUCGCCAUCUACUUCAAACUCACCUGACACCUGUUAUCGAGGACCAAAUUGUGUCCACAGAUGUCGGUGGACAAAGCAAUAGUCGGUAUCGCUUUUCAAAUCGCCGCAAAAAGAGCAGUAAAUGGCUUAGUCGCGUGCAACAACUUGGUGUGAUUGCUAUCUUGAUUGGGAUUCUUCGAUGGCGUAGCGGAAUGAAAAACCCACACGAAAAGAAAUUGCUGAUGUAUCUCGUGGCUUCACUUGGGAUUGCUUGUUCAAUUCAGCACAUGCGUUCAAAGCCACGUAAAUAA